CUGUGCGGUGGUGUUGGCUGCGCGCGUUUCUGUCUCAGUAAUUUUAAGGCUUAAGAAGCUUCCGAGCCACUUGCCAAUAUGUAUGACGCAGACGAAGAUAUGCAAUAUGAUGAGGACGAUGAUGAAAUCACCCCUGAUUUAUGGCAAGAAGCAUGUUGGAUUGUAAUCAGUUCCUAUUUUGACGAGAAAGGCUUGGUCAGACAACAGCUGGAUUCUUUUGAUGAGUUUAUUCAGAUGUCUGUUCAGAGAAUUGUGGAAGAUGCACCCCCUAUUGACCUGCAGGCCGAAGCUCAGCAUGCCAGUGGAGAAGUCGAAGAACCGCCAAGAUACUUGCUAAAGUUUGAGCAGAUUUACCUCUCGAAGCCUACCCAUUGGGAAAGAGACGGUGCUCCUUCACCGAUGAUGCCGAAUGAAGCCAGAUUAAGAAAUCUCACUUAUUCUGCUCCACUUUACGUUGACAUAACAAAGACAGUCAUUAAAGAAGGUGAAGAACAACUUCAGACUCAGCAUCAGAAAACCUUUAUAGGAAAAAUUCCAAUUAUGUUGCGCUCAACUUACUGCCUGUUGAAUGGCUUAACGGACCGUGAUCUGUGUGAGUUAAAUGAAUGCCCUUUGGAUCCUGGCGGCUAUUUCAUUAUCAAUGGAUCUGAAAAGGUCCUGAUUGCUCAAGAGAAAAUGGCAACAAACACAGUUUAUGUGUUUGCCAAAAAGGAUUCUAAAUAUGCCUACACUGGCGAGUGUAGGUCGUGCCUAGAGAAUUCUUCCCGGCCCACCAGUACUAUCUGGGUUAGCAUGCUGGCGAGAGGAGGACAGGGUGCAAAAAAGAGUGCAAUUGGUCAGCGCAUCGUGGCAACUCUACCGUACAUCAAGCAAGAAGUUCCCAUCAUUAUUGUGUUCAGAGCACUAGGCUUUGUGUCUGACAGAGACAUUUUAGAGCAUAUUAUUUACGAUUUUGAAGAUCCAGAGAUGAUGGAAAUGGUUAAACCUUCCCUUGAUGAAGCCUUUGUCAUCCAAGAACAGAAUGUGGCACUAAAUUUCAUUGGCUCAAGAGGAGCGAAGCCCGGUGUGACAAAAGAGAAGAGAAUUAAAUAUGCAAAAGAGGUCCUGCAAAAAGAGAUGCUCCCCCAUGUGGGCGUCAGUGACUUCUGUGAGACCAAGAAAGCCUACUUCUUAGGGUAUAUGGUUCAUAGGUUACUUCUGGCAGCUUUGGGCAGGAGAGAGCUGGACGACAGGGAUCACUAUGGGAACAAAAGAUUGGAUCUUGCUGGGCCUCUCCUGGCGUUCUUAUUUAGAGGUAUGUUUAAGAAUUUGCUUAAAGAAGUGCGGAUCUAUGCACAGAAAUUUAUUGAUCGAGGAAAGGAUUUCAACUUGGAAUUGGCGAUUAAAACAAGAAUUAUAUCCGAUGGCCUAAAAUACUCGUUAGCUACUGGAAACUGGGGUGAUCAAAAGAAAGCUCACCAAGCCAGAGCCGGCGUGUCCCAGGUACUGAACCGUCUGACUUUUGCGUCUACUCUUUCUCACCUGCGACGUUUAAACUCUCCUAUUGGCAGAGAUGGCAAGCUAGCAAAACCAAGACAGUUGCAUAAUACGCUGUGGGGAAUGGUGUGUCCUGCUGAGACCCCAGAGGGUCAUGCUGUAGGACUUGUGAAGAACUUAGCUCUGAUGGCUUACAUUUCAGUUGGUUCUCAGCCAUCUCCCAUUCUGGAAUUUUUAGAAGAAUGGAGUAUGGAAAACUUAGAAGAAAUUUCUCCUGCGGCUAUUGCUGAUGCAACCAAGAUUUUCGUUAAUGGCUGCUGGGUUGGCAUACAUAAAGACCCUGAACAACUGAUGAACACCCUCAGGAAGCUGCGGCGUCAGAUGGACAUCAUUGUGUCUGAAGUUUCUAUGAUCAGAGAUAUUCGAGAGAGGGAGAUUCGUAUCUACACAGAUGCAGGCCGUAUUUGUAGACCACUUCUGAUUGUGGAGAAACAAAAGCUACUUUUGAAGAAGAGGCAUAUUGACCAGUUGAAAGAGAGAGAGUAUAACAAUUACAGCUGGCAAGAUCUUGUGGCCAGUGGGGUAGUAGAAUAUAUCGAUACCCUAGAAGAAGAAACAGUGAUGCUUGCAAUGACCCCGGAUGAUUUACAGGAGAAAGAAGUUGCAUAUUGUUCCACGUACACGCAUUGUGAGAUUCACCCUUCAAUGAUCCUUGGUGUCUGUGCAUCUAUUAUUCCCUUUCCAGACCACAACCAGUCUCCUCGAAACACAUACCAGUCUGCUAUGGGUAAGCAAGCUAUGGGAGUUUAUAUCACCAAUUUCCACGUUCGCAUGGACACACUCGCCCACGUUCUCUAUUAUCCUCAAAAGCCACUUGUGACCACACGGUCUAUGGAAUAUCUGCGCUUCCGAGAGCUGCCAGCAGGUAUCAACUCUAUUGUGGCCAUCGCCUCAUACACAGGGUACAACCAGGAAGACUCAGUGAUCAUGAACCGUUCGGCUGUUGACCGAGGCUUUUUCAGGUCUGUUUUCUAUCGGUCUUACAAGGAACAAGAGUCCAAAAAAGGAUUUGACCAAGAAGAAGUUUUUGAGAAGCCCACACGUGAAACAUGCCAGGGUAUGAGGCAUGCCAUUUAUGACAAGCUCGAUGACGACGGCCUGAUCGCUCCUGGGGUUCGUGUCUCAGGAGAUGAUGUCAUCAUAGGCAAAACUGUCACCUUGCCUGAAAAUGAAGACGAGUUGGAGAGCACCAAUAGGCGCUACACCAAGCGGGACUGCAGCACCUUCCUGAGAACGAGUGAGACGGGCAUUGUGGACCAGGUGAUGGUGACGUUCAACCAGGAAGGGUAUAAAUUCUGUAAAAUAAGGGUACGCUCUGUUAGAAUUCCACAAAUCGGAGACAAGUUUGCUAGUCGACAUGGUCAAAAGGGUACUUGUGGUAUUCAGUAUAGACAAGAGGAUAUGCCGUUUACCUGUGAAGGCAUCACCCCCGAUAUCAUCAUCAAUCCCCAUGCCAUCCCCUCUCGGAUGACCAUCGGUCACUUGAUCGAAUGUCUUCAAGGCAAGGUCUCAGCGAACAAGGGUGAGAUUGGUGACGCCACUCCCUUUAAUGAUGCGGUUAACGUGCAGAAGAUUUCCAACCUUUUAUCUGAGUAUGGCUACCAUCUCCGAGGAAACGAGGUCCUGUACAAUGGGUUCACUGGCCGAAAGAUCACAUCACAGAUUUUCAUCGGCCCCACUUACUACCAGCGUCUGAAGCAUAUGGUGGAUGAUAAGAUUCAUUCUCGUGCCAGAGGGCCUAUUCAGAUCCUCAAUCGGCAGCCCAUGGAGGGCCGGUCUCGCGAUGGUGGGCUGCGGUUUGGAGAAAUGGAGCGAGACUGUCAGAUUGCCCACGGAGCAGCCCAGUUCCUAAGAGAGCGGCUGUUCGAGGCCUCAGACCCGUAUCAGGUCCAUGUUUGCAAUCUGUGUGGGAUCAUGGCCAUUGCCAACACCCGGACCCACACCUACGAGUGCCGGGGCUGCCGCAACAAGACCCAGAUUUCCUUGGUGCGAAUGCCCUAUGCGUGCAAACUUCUGUUUCAGGAACUUAUGUCGAUGAGCAUUGCACCUCGCAUGAUGAGCGUUUAGCUUUUAAAAACCCUCAGCAAGAUGACUACUUGUAAAUAUUUUUCAUGCCUCGUUUCUCGGAUGCCUUGUUUUAAAGCAAAAGAAAACCACGGUGCACAUGUUGUACUGUGUGGAAGAGCAUUUUAUUUGUAGUACUGUAUGCAUGCUUGUCUCCCUUUGGUUUGUAAAUAAACAAUACAUUUUUGUAGAUAGUC